UAUAUUCUAAGAGUUUGUCACUUAUUCCACUUUUAAAUUUUAUUUUUUACCGACUUUCUAUCGUCAAUGUGAUUGUAUGCAUUGACUGUGUGGUACUUAAGUGUUGUGUUAGAAAUAUAGCAAAGGAAAAAGGAAUAAUGAAGAAAAGGAAGAGGAUAAAGAUGUCAUUUACAUUUGAAAUCCCUAUUUCCCCGCCAAAUUGAUAUCUCCACGUUAGCUGAGCCUCUAGUAUAAAAGGCGCCACAUGACUCCUCGGGCUUCUUCAGUACACUACACAUUUGAAACUCCGCUGAUUUCCUCCUACCUCUACUCCGAUUCCAUCGUUUUGAUUUCACGAUGUCUAAGAAAAGAGGACUCUCUUUGGACGAAAAACGUGAAAAGAUGCUACAAAUUUUCUAUGAAUCCCAGGACUUCUUCCUUCUCAAGGAACUUGAGAAGUUGGGCCCCAAAAAAGGCGUAAUCACCCAAUCAGUAAAAGAUGUCGUCCAAAGUCUAGUGGAUGAUGACCUUGUCUUCAAAGACAAGAUUGGAACUUCUGUAUAUUUUUGGAGUCUUCCUAGCUGUGCUGGUAACCAGCUAAGAAAUAUACACAGAAAGCUUGACUCUGAUCUUCAAAGUAGUAAAAAACGAUACAUAGAACUUACUGAUCAAUGCAAUGCUUUGAAGAAGGGACGAGAGGAAUCUGAUGAACGGGAGGAGGCACUUGAUGAGCUUAAAUCGAUUGAACAGAAAUAUAACGGGCUCAAGGAUGAAAUUGUUGAAUACUCAGACAAUGAUCCGGCUACAUUUGAAGCAAUGAAGAAAGCCAUCGAAGUAGCUCAUGCGGCAGCUAAUAGAUGGACAGAUAACAUCUUUACACUGCAACAAUGGUGCUCACACAACUUCCCUCAGGCAAAAGAGCAACUGGAUCAUCUUUACAAUGAGGUUGGAAUAGCUGAUGACUUUGACUAUUUGGAGUUACCUGCAGCUGCUUCAGUCUGCUCUCCUGGAGAUCAGAUGCUGGAAGGCAAACCUUAAAUUCUGUAUCUUCAGUGAAAAAGGUUGUACUCAGAUAUGCCUCGGAAUUUUCGCUAAGUGGUAAUAUAAGCAUUUUUGUCGACUCUUUAAGAAUUGAAUUUACCCUUUAAAAAUCAGUGCAUUGAUCGUCCACAGUAAUUUUCCAACAUUAUAAGGAUACAUCACUUGGUUUUGAAUGAAAAGGUCCUGAGGUGUGCUGUGAAUCUGUGUUUGUAUAUUUGUGUAUGGUUUUCGGGUUCCCAUCGGUGCUUAAUAUUGCAAUCCGGUGUUUCUACUUAUUUCAUUCUUGAACUGGAAGUUUAGACCGAGGGAAAGGACCGAGGAUGUAUCCCUCUAGUAAAAUUUUCAGGAUGACUUUCUUUGCCUUUUGAACCGUGAGAUGGAUUCUUCUCCGAUAUCAUCUCAUGAAGUGAAAUGUAGUUUUACUGACUUCCCCGAGUUCCUAUACUCAAUAUCAGAAUUUAGAAAGCAGCCCAAUUUGUUCAAUCUAUUCUUGUACUCAUGUUUUUCAUGAAUUUGUAAUAGUGUUCGUUUCCAUUAAUGGAAUUGAACUGAAGCCAACGUUUUGUAAUCGAAGA